GUACGUCGCACCGUCUGUCGUACCGCAAGCCAUCGCUCCGCGAGUGCUCACUUUUCAAUUUCCACCAUUUCCACCAUGCAACUCGCAUACCUCCUUGCUUGCCUCGCGGCGCCGGUCGCCAUCUACGCGCAGCCCGAAGCCGGCGACAUGGCGUCGACGCUUCGUCUCGUCGAUGGCAACAUUGCGCAGCUCAUUGCGGACAUGCAGACGAUCGCCAAGGACGGUCUCAACGAAACACUGCGCGAGAGCAUCAAGGUCAACCUCGAGCAAGCCAACGCGGUCGCGCUGCACAACUUGAACGGCAGCGAGGUCAUGCUCCAGGACGUCGCGCGGGUCACCAAGCCGUCCAAGCUCGAAGCGUUCGACCCGGCGCAGGGCAUUGACAUUGCCAACGGCGUCCAGCAAGCGGUCCAGCAAGUGCUCUCGCUCUUGGAUCCGAACCCCAAGGUGUGCAUGCGCAAGCCUGUCGGGCGUGGCGUCGGCACGGUGCUCUCCAACCAGUGUAUCGCGGGCGAAGAGCCGUGGGGUGCGCUCUGCUACCCCAAGUGCAAGGAAGGCUACGAGAACGUUGGCUGCUGCAUCUGUCGCAAGAAGGGCUGCGGUGUUGACGGCGUCACCGACAUUGGUAUGUCGUGCACCAAGCCCAAGGCGUACGGCCGCGGUGCCGGCUACGCGAUCUGGAACCAAGACAAGUGCAACCGCCAAAACAAGCAAGGCUGCGAGAAGAACGGUCUCAUGUGGUACCCCAAAUGCGAGAAGGGCUACCAUAACUUUGGCUGCUGCAUCUGCACCCCCGACUGCCCCGCGGGUUCGCACGACGACGGUGCCUUUUGCCGCAAGGACCACUAUGGCCGUGGCGUCGGUGUCUCGCGUCUUGGCUGCAACGGUGGCCUCGAACAAAGCGGGUUGCUCUGCUACCCCAAGUGCGACGAGGGCUACAUGGGCCUCGGCCCGCUCUGCUGGCCCAAGUGCACGGGUGAGACGCCGUUCCGGUGCGGUCUUUUCUGUGCGUCGUCGAGUGCGACCUGUGCCUCGAGUACGGUCGAGAUUGUGGGCGCCGCGGUCAAGGUGGCUCUGAGCAUUGCUAGCGAAGAUGUUGUCGGUGCGAUUGCGACGACCGUCCAAGUCGGGAAGAAGCUCAUCUUUAUGGACAAGUGCCCGUCGCCGUCGCCGUUUGCCCCGACGAUGUCGCCGUUGACGCCUGCGCCGACUGCUGCACCGACGACGACCAUUGCCACGACGUCUGCUCCGACAACGGCUGCGCCCACGACGGCCGUUACCACGACAUCGGCUCCGACGACGGCUGCACCCACGACGACUACUCCGACGACCACUGCGCCGAUGACACCGGUGGCGACGACGCCGGCGCCCUCGAGCACGGACGCGCCGUACCCCGCGUAUUAAGUUCAUCCACGUCAGUACCGGUUGUGUAUGCACUGUAGACGAUGAUGUGAUUCUUAAUGUAGCGUCCGUCUUUUCCGAAA